UUUUGGACGGAGAAUGUCGUGUGUGAAUUUAGAAAUGCAUUUUUGUACGAAUAAACGUCAUAUGAUUAUGAGAUUAACUUACAGUGUAUCUUAGUAAUUAUUACAAUUAAUUGAAAAGGGAUUUGUAUACAUUUCGUGGAUAACUAAACCCGGACGGCUAGACAGUAGAAUACAACUAGGACACGUCGUUUUUCCAAGAAUAACAUUGUGAGCAUCGAGUGAAGCUUUAUUUUCUUUGUGGGCGAAAUUGUUUUGGUUUUGCAGUGGCAGAGUAGUGGUCGUAGAGUGAACUGCAGGAACAAGUUUGGAAGAUGGGAAAGAAAAAGAAGAAUCGUCAGCAAGAGGAAGCCAACGGGGAGGAGUCUACGGAGUCCGGUGACGAGACGCAGUCCAGCAUAAUUGGGGCCGUGGCGUGCCCGCACGUCGCCAAGGCGGUCGACCUCCAGAAGGUGAAGAAGUCCCUGAAGCCGAGCGGGAACAUCCCCCGCGAGUGUGCCGAGUGCGUGCGGAGCAAGGAGCCCGCGGAGGACGAGAACGAUGAGGAGUGGAGCCCCAACUUGUGGCUGUGCCUGAAAUGCGGCAACGUGGCGUGCGGCCGCAUGCGGCGCCGCCACGCCCUCAAGCACCACAGCACGCCGCACUCGGAGCCGCACGACCUCGCGCUCAACACGGACGACUGGCGGGUCUGGUGUUACUCCUGCGACGACCAGAUCCCCGCGGCACACAAGCGGAAACUGCUCGAGUGCGUGGAGUUUGUGAAGAGGCAGUCGUCCGUGCUUCUGCUGCCCUUGAACUGCAACGCCAACGUGAUCGAGGCCGCGCCCGCCGUGCAGGAUGAGCUGCCGCCAGUCGUGGACUCGAACCGCAGCGUGACCUUCAUGGCGGGAGACUCCUCCAGCAAGGCCAAGAGCACGGCAGCUGCGCCGGGCAAUCUGCCGCGCGUCCGGGGGCUGUCGAACCUGGGCAACACGUGCUUCUUCAACGCGGUGCUGCAGUGCCUCGCCCAGACGCCCUACCUGCUGCCCAUCCUGCAGGAGAUGCACGAGCCGGGCCAGAAGUUCCAGCUGGCCGGCGACCCGGACCAGGACCUGCCGCCGCUGGGCGGGGAGCUGGGGCGCUGGGGCGCGCUCACGGAGACGCUGGCCGACGCGCUGGAGGAGCUGCGCUCGGACCGCGCGGAGGUGUUCGUGCCUCGCAAGCUGCUGUCCAAGCUGACGCAGCGCUGGCCCCAGUUCGCCGGCGGUGACCAGCACGACUCCCACGAGCUGCUCCGCCACAUGCUGGAGGGCGUGCGCAGCGAGGACCUGAAGCGCUACCAACUCAACAUCCUGCGCCAGCUGGGGCUGUCGGAGAAGUGCGACCCCACCCAGGUGGAGGGGGAGCUGCGCAGCAAGGCCCGCGCGUACGGCGCGCAGCUGAGCGAGAGGCUGCUGCACCCAGAGCACGUGUUCCGCGGCUACCUCGUCAGCAUUGUGCAGUGCCAGGACUGCCACCACUCGUCCAACCGCGUCGAGAGCUUCCUGGACCUCAGCCUGCCGGUCAUCGCAGACAAGUCGCAGCCGCGGGCGUGGCGACGCAAGAGCAGCCACCGGGACGAGCCGCUGGAGGGCCCGGCCGGCGGCCAGCAGUCCAAGCACCAGCUGAAGAAGGAGCGCAAGCAGGCCCGCAAGGGGCGCAAGGGCAAGGGCAAGUCCCCCGGGUCGCCGGACCAGGCGGCCGAGGAGAACGGCGGGACCAGCAAGUCCGCCGACUCAGAGCAGAGCGACGCGGACGUGGAGGACAACGUGGAGCAGGACGCCCGGGGAGGGCAGCCGUCCCGCGACGUCCCCGAGUCCGGCUACAGCUCGGAGAAGCUGGCCAACGACAGCCCGCUGCCCAACGGGGACUCUGCGCUGGCCAGCCCCGCGGCGGACCGCCUGGCCAGCGACUUCUCCCGGCUGUCGCUGGUGCCCGCGCCGCCGCCGCUGCCCCUGGCGCUGGGCUGGCGCAACGGGGCGGCGCGUGACGAGGAGGAGGAGGAGGACGACGAGGACGACGACCUGAGCCAGAGCAGCGGCAGCAGCCGGGGCGCGGCCAGCGACAGCAGCUGGAGCCGCACGCUGGCGGCGCGCUACCAGUGCGAGGAGGGCGACACGUCGGUGCAGUCCUGCCUCAGCCAGUUCACGGCCGUCGAGCUCAUGACCGGCAACAACAAGGUUGGCUGCGAGAGCUGCAGCCAGCGCCACAACCAGGACAAGGCGGGCAAGAUGGUGUACACCAACGCCACCAAGCAGCUGCUGGUGAGCUCGCCGCCGGCCGUGCUCAUCCUCCACCUGAAGAGGUUCCAGGUGCUGCACUCCAUGUUCCGCAAGAUCUCCAGCCACGUGCACUUCCCCAUGGUGCUGGACCUGGCCCCCAUCUGCUCCGUCAAGUGCAAGGAGUCGCCCACCAUGAACCCUGAGCAGUCCCAGGUGCUGUACGCCCUGUACGGGAUCGUGGAGCACAGCGGGACCUUGCACGGCGGCCACUACGUCGCCUACGUCAAGGUGCGGCCGGAGCUGGCGGAGGACGACCCGCGGUGGGCCUUCGUGCCCCGGGACGACGGCCGGCCCCAGCGCUCCGCCCCCCGGCCGCGCGACGAGGGCGCGCAUGGACCCGCCACGGAGCCCCCGCCCGGCCGCUGGUACUACGUCAGCGACUCGCGCGUCUCCGAGGUCACCGAGGACAAGGUGCUGCAGAGCCAGGCCUACUUGCUCUUCUACGAGCGCAUCUGGUAGCGUUCCCGGCGUCGCCGCUGUCCGUGGCUUUUUGAUGACCGACAAAUUGUAGUGUGCGUGUUUGCCUGCGUACUGCGGCAACGAACGACUUCCGCGCUCUUGUCCGGGUUGCCGUGAAUUUUUGUGCUAGCUAAAAAAAUAAAAGGAGGCAUUAUCCGCACUUUCGAAGUACGUGCCCUUUGUUCGUGAAAUGAGGAGAGAGUGUCGCUUCCAGUAAUUAUUUUUUUGUGCAGUGAAGGUCUUUGCUUCCGAUUUGAAUUAAAAUUAAUGUAAUCGAUUUUUAUUGAUUUUUUUUUUUUGCAUGUGUUGUGUGCAUAUCAUUUAGAAUUUUCUUGUAAAUUUGUUCAACUAAUCAUAGUGCAGCAGAUUUUUCAAUAAUAUUUUUUCCCGGCGUGUAAAGAAAACUAACAUUACGAUGUCUCGAAUUGUGUUGUUGAGUUUUGUCGAGCGUCUUCGUUUUGCCGGACUUCCUUUUUAUUAUACAGUUUAUUUAUUUACCUUUCUUGUCACUGAGCCUGCUUAUCACUGCUAGAUGUUAGGUCCUAUUAGGAGGCUGAGUGGAACAAAGGAUUAUCCACACUAGGCUUGAAUCCUCUAGAAGUAUUUAUAUUUAAGUCUUGGCCAGUUUUUCAAAUCAUGGUUAUCAUUUUGUUUAAUCUCUCUUAACAAGAUCCUGUGUAAUGUCUGAGACAUUUGCUGGCCUGUAACUGUUUUAUCUUGCUAUCAUCCUCAAAGAAAACAGCUGAAGAAUGGAAUUGCAGGUUAUCUUAGAUUUUCAAAAUGCAACACAAAUCAUUUUUCUUCCUGUAACCUGUAACACAACUUAACUAACUAUAUGUGUAUGUUGUGUUUUAGUGGGUCAAUUCCAGUUAAUAAAAUUGAUUCCAGUGGUAUCAUAGGAUUCAGAAUCGUAUGGUUCUAGAAUUGAAGAAGGUAUAUUCUUCCUGUACAAAAAAAAAAUAUUAGUUAUUUGGAGUAACUUGUUAUUUUAAUGUGGACAUCAAAAUAUAUAUGUCUGUGCCUUAAAUGAGAAUUUUACUUCUGACUUAUUGGGCAAUUUCUGACUAUUCUGGCAACUCCUGACUAUAGGACUGAUGCCCAACUAUUUAGGUGAUUCCCGAUUAAACGGGCUAUUCCUGAAUAUCAUGAUUUUAUAUUUAUUUUUGAAUCAAUAUUUUUGCCAAUUAAAGUACUAUACCAAUUUAAUAGUUUACAGUUCAGUUAAUGAAUGAAAGUUUGCUUAGUAAUUGAUAAGUUAGGAUGAUCAAACAAAUAUUUGUCUAUUUAAUCAAUUAAAAUUUAUUUAUAUUGUUUCGAUUUUUCCAUUGAUGCUUUAGUAUUGUGUUUUGUUGGAUGAACUUUAUUCUAAUAUUGCACCUGAUUUAAAUCCAGUUAAGUGAAAGCUCUAAUCCCUAAUUUAAUAAACACUUAAUUUCAUAGUUGCCUCAAUGUUUUGUUGUAACAAGUGUUUGAUUAACUGCAUUAAUUAACAAGUAUCAUUACCAAAAAAUUUCAUUUAUUUAAUGGUUGUAGCAAGAUUUACCUUAUUUUUAAUUAAUUUAAUAUAUUCUAUUUUGUCACACUAUUAAAAGUACAGAAAACGUAUUUGCUAUAACUUAAUAUUAUUUUUAUUUACUUUAUUUAAUAUGAUUAUUAUUUUCAAUGUAUCAAGUUUUAAUAUCUAAUCACACCGGUUAAUUUCUUUUUAUAAUCUCUCGGGUACUUGAAUGAUAUUUUAGUGCCCUGUGUCCUCUUAUUGUAAUAAUUGUGACUUAAUUAAAUGAUAAAUAUAUUUUGUAGGUACAUUUUUCAAUAAAAAGCAAGUUUUAGUACCUUCAUCUUGAGUACAUAAAAGUAGUAGUUUGAUAGGCAUUAUCUUGAUGAGUAUGAGAUCUGAAUAACGCAAUGGAAAUCAAAGAAUAAAAUCUCUAAUACGAGAAUCAAAAAUGGAAUCAGAAUAUUUUUGGAAUUGACCCGACAUUUUAGUCUCAAACAUUAUUAUGAAACACAGGGCUACUUAAAGCCAGAUGACUUAAAUGUAAACCACAUUUAGUACAUUAACCCUUUCUGUCACACUGUCAUUUCCUAAAAUGAUAUUUUAUUUUUUCUAUUUAAACUUAACUAUUUUUAUUUUUUGUAGUAAAAAAUUUAGCUCUGAUUAUAAUACAUAUCAAUAUAUAAUUUUUAUAUAUAAUAUGUUUUAGUAUAACAUUUAUUUUUUUCAUAGCCCUAAAGAAUGAGGUCUACUAGAAUUUAUGCCUCUACCAUGACCCACACAUUCAAAGUUUUAAUCCAUGUAUCAUUUUAAGAUAUAAAUUGUUCACUUCAGUUGACAAGAAGACAGAAAGGGUCAACUGCAUUCAGCUGUGUGAUUUAGGCAUUAUAAUGCACAAAAAUGAUUUCCAAUUUUUUUGCAUAUCAUUUCAUGGACUAUUUUCUAUUUUGCCAAAUUCAAGGGUUUUUUAUCUGGGAACAUUCAUAGCAUAAUUAAUUUUUAAAGUUAGCCUACAAACUAAAAUGUGCACCUCUAAACCAGCAUUAUGUUUCCAAAUGAACAUUUUUAACAGGUAAAAUUUCAGCAGCAUUAAUUAUUGGUAAACAAUGUCUGAAACUUUAUUAUUUAUAUUUAAAAAAAUGUGGUCAAUAAUUGUCUGAUUUUUGGAUCCCAAUAAUACACAUUUUCAAAAUAGUGUUAUGUUUAUUAUUUAUUUAAUACAGUUAAUUAGAAUUAAAGGGUUUUGUCUUUCCUUAUUAUGAUUAUAAAGAAUGUGUAGUUGCACUGAUAAUUACUUCAAAUUCAAUAUAGAAGCUGCAGUAUUAUUAAAACAAGAAAAGGGCAUUAAGUUUUUUGAAGUUAUACUUCUUUAGGCGCGUUAUGAAAAAAUGAUGAGAGUGAAAUUUUAAGAUGCGCGCGCAUCACUGUAACACAAAAUUAACAGGUUGAAGCUGCCCGCUAAACCGCUCAUUAAGUCUCGAAUAAAAGCUACCAACAAAAUAGAAAAGAACCUCUAUUAGUCGCGCAUGUUGGCACGCUCGUCGCCUCUGAUCACUGUUUUCAUAUUUAUAAUAUUUAUCCACAUGUUUCUAGUUUCUACAUUCACAAUACGUGUUUAAUUUCAUACAAGUGCGAAUUAUGUAUGUGCUAAUAAAUUAUAUUCAGUAGUGAUUUAAAUUGAAAAUUUUGAUUAAUAUUAUUUACUAUUCGUAAAUAUUAGUAAAAAAAAAUUGUGCUUACCAUAUACUUUUUCAAGUGCUCCAAUAUAAUUGAGGUUAACUAUCCGUAUGUAUUAUUUAUUGAUAUACAUUAAAAUAUUGUUAUUUAAUGUUUA